UCGGUCACAUGGGGACUUUGAUGACAAAUCCUUACAGAACACCUGAAGUGCGACUAGCCUUAUAGAUCACGACCUGAUGUUAAUCAUUCCUAAUGAUGUUUUGAGAGUAGAAGAGUAAAACUGGUGUAUUUGGUUUAGAAAAUUAUGGAUCGUCUAAGUCUCCACGCCAUUAUUUUAGGGAUAAUUGUAGCUGGCCUGCUGAUGAAUGUCUCUGUGUCGGCGUUCACCUACAAUACCUGCAAAGGUGUGGGAUUCAACCGUUACUGCACCAAAGCGGCCUCCGCCACGUGCUGUCAUUCCGGGUUAUACGCGAGCGCCUCCUGUUGCUCGUCAAAAAGAAUCUACGCCCGUUGCACCAACACGAAUAUGAAGAAAUCAUUUCGAUCGUAUUCGACUACGACAUGCUACUCUGCGGCCAAGUCCUACUGUUGUCACUUGGGGUUGAGUUCGUCAUCUUGUUGUGGUUCGUUUUGGUACACGUACUAUCGAAGCAGGAGUCAAGCGUUGUCUACUGUCGCUAACACCGGCGUUGGCAUUGUAAGCUCUAUUGGGUACAUUGUCGGCGGUGUCAUUGGUGGUAUCUUCUUCCUCAUUCUCCUCAUCGUGAUUCCGGUGGUGGCAUGCGGCGUCUGCGCAGCGUCAGGGUCUACCAGGCAUCAUAGAAGACGCGGUGUAGUGCACGUCAACCAAGUGGUGCCUCCACCGACACAGCAGCAGUACAACCAACCACCGCCACCACAGAGCUUUGGUCAACCACCACCGUACAGCCAGGGACAGGGGUACAACCAGGCACCUCCGCAGCAGGCCAUGUAUCCACCACCCCAGUACCCGCCACCCCAGCAACAAGAUCCAGCUUACCCACCAAUGUAGGAGACGGGCAACGGCCAAUGAAUAACAGAGCACAGUCGCGGAUGGAAAAAAACAUCCACAACGACCUGACCUGUUUCCGUAACUUUUGCGUGCAAUUCAAGUGAGCAGGGUCGGAACGACGUCAUCAAUACUUAGAGUUCUGGUCAUGCGAAAGGAGGAUGCGCUCGGCUCACUUCUGUAAAUAUUCAUCCUGAGCUUCAGCGCCUUUCACUCGACACUCACCGAUAUUUUCAAAAGCACAAACAAGAAAUAGAUGAUGUUUCGUUACACUGAGUCAACCAUUUCUGUAAAAUAUGCCGUUAUUAUGCUAAUAAAUGAUAGCUGCGAUCA